GAAAUGAUAAAAGCUCGUGUGAAAGAAAUGGAAGAAGAAUCUGAAAAUAUUGAUCGAUUGCAAAGAGAAGUUGCUAAAUUACAUACUCGCAGUAUUCCACAUAAUGAAAAUGAAAGUAGAGCCUCAGAAUCUGAAAGAGAAGCUGCUGCUCAGUCUGCUGGAUUUAUGUCUGUAAAUUAUGAAGAGAAAGUGGAAAUUGAUUCACGAUCUAUCUAUGUAGGAAAUGUGGAUUAUGGGGCUACAGCUGAAGAACUUGAGCAGCAUUUUCAUGGUUGUGGAUCAAUAAACCGAGUUACAAUACAGUGUGAUAAAUAUACUGGGCAUCCCAAAGGUUUUGCUUAUAUAGAAUUUGCAGAUAAAGAAUCAGUAAUCACGUCUACAGCCUUUGAUGAAUCUGUGUUUCGAGGGAGAUUAAUUAAGGUACUUCCUAAACGUACUAAUCACCCAGGUAUUAGUACAACUAACAGACCACCUAGACGACGGAUUCGAAGAUUUCCUAGAUUUCCUUUCUUCAGUUAUCAAUUUUUGAGGAGACCAUACAGGAGACGUAGCUGGUUUUCUCCAUAUUGAAAUUUCUAAAUCUAGUCAUUAUGGGAAUAUUUUCUUCA